AGCCUUCUGCGCACCAUCAUCGUCAACCGUGUCGUCACAUCGCAGUGGCAACUUAAGCGGCUGUCCGAGCGUCAGUCCGUUUAGUUGGCACGGAAGCAGCAUUUGGAGCACCAUGGCUCAUACAACGCACCUUUCCACUUCGCAGGUCUGUAAAAACUUUCCGCUUUAUGCUAAGAAAAGUGACGACCCAUUUUUGCUAUUGCUUCCGUGCCAACAAGUGCUCUGUGGAAUUGUCGCAGAUUGUUUCUCUAUGGCGUUGCUGUUAUUGUGCUCAGGUGACGUGGAAACUAAUCCAGGUCCUACUACGCGUACUGAGGCAUUACUCGAGCUGCAGAAUUUGCCAUCAAAUCCUUCUGAGCAGACGGAAGUUCUUUUCCGGCUGUUAAAAGACCUACAGGCUCGUCUUGUACAAUCUACUAAGGGUCAGGCCGAGUUGGUUAACGACGUCAAGGCUAUUAAGGUUGGUCAAAAGAACAUCGAGACCAAAAUGGAAUGUAUCCAGAAAAGAGUAGACAACCUUGAAGAAAAAACAAAUGUUCUAGACCAUCUCCAUGAUGAAAUGAAUGGCAUUCAGGCGUCGGCUCAAGCCCAAACAACUCGGCUUGACUCUUUACUAAUGCGCGUUGACGAACUUGAGGACAGAUCGCGACGCAACAACCUCAUAUUUCAUGGCAUCCGUGACUCUCGGGAAUCGUGGGAACAGUCCGAAUCACGCAUAAGAGAAGCACUAACCGGUGUAAUCGACAGCCUGCCUGACACGGCAAUCGAACGUGCUCAUCGCAUUAGUCACUACACGCCUAAUAAGUGUCGCCCAAUUGUAGUUAAAUUCACCAACACGAAAAUAAAAGACAAAGUAUUUUCUAUGCGCGCACAGCUGAAAGAAAAGGGUAUUUCUAUCUCCGAAGAUUUUUCACCCGCCACCCGUCACGUCCGUAAAAAACUAAUUGAGUACGCUAAAAGCCAGCCCCAACCAUGCCCUUUCCAGUUAAGGUACACCAAACUAAUAAUGAAUAAAAAACAGUUCGUCUAUGACCCGGCAACAGACACCGUCAACGAGCAUGCGCCAUAUGAACCACGAGAUAACGGCGGGCAUGCAAAUUCCCAGCACGUGCCCAGUUAGGAAAACGUGAGGGGAUGUGGACGAGAAUCACGAGAAUCAUGCAUCGUAUCUGUGUUCUUUACAAAUAUUCGAAGCGUCAUGAAUAAGCGCACUUCCUUAGAAUCUGCCUUGGAGACUUGCAACGCCGACAUCUUUGUGCUUACCGAAACGUGGCUACAUUCACAGAUUCAAGAUAACGAAAUUCUUCAAACCACGCACCAUUUUUCACUGUAUCGUUGUGACCGUACAAUGCGUCAGGGAGGCGGCGUGCUCUUAGCGAUUUCUAAAGAUUUCCCAUCUCAGUGUAUUCAUGUCAAUACUGACCUCGAAACGGUUUGGGCCAUCAUUGAAAUCAAUCACCAGAAGAUAAUCAUUGGUGUUUGUUACCGCCCCCCAACUUAUUCAUCUAACUUCGUAAACGAGAUGCAUGAUAUCAUUAAUAUUGUUACAUCUCGUCAUCCUACAUUACCCUUAUAUUUGCUUGGCGAUUUUAAUCUACCAAACAUAA